UCCGACGUCAUCGCUUCCGCCCAGCACUUUCUCCCCCCUCCUGUGUCGGUGGCGCUGGCUGCUGUCUACAGAAUCCAACAUGGAGUAACGAGAGAUGGGGCUCGUACGGGGCCACCCUCAGCAACAUCAGCGCAUACAGGAGCUCAGUUACCGAAAUUAUCACUUUAGGUUAAGGGAAAAACUAAUCUGAAGACAUUAACUUGUCGGAUGCACUCUUGUUGGAUCGCAGCUUCCAUAGCCAAUUAGUUUGUUACUGGAUAAGAAAAAGAAGGGAUAAAUAGAAAGUCGGAGGGGAACGAACAAAACAAACACUGACCGAAAAGCUACAAGGGAAAUGUACUCGUUAGAUAUGUGAAACAAUUGCGGAAUAUAGAAAAGGCACGGAAAAGAUGAAGAGCCCAAAGCGUACACCCGUUGUGGGAUUUUAUUGGAGGUGAAACUGAAGAAAAUGACCGAAGAAAAACACCCGGACGAUGACAGCUACAUUGUGCGCGUCCAAGCAGUGGUGAUGACCCGGGACGAUUCGAGUGGGGGCUGGCUGGCCCAGGAGGGCGGGGGGCUGAGCAGAGUGGGGGUGUGCAGGGUGCUCCCCGCGGACCUGGCAGGCCGGAGCUCCUUCCUCAUAUACGGGGAGCGGGUGAAGGACAAGCAGGCGAUUCUGGAAUGUUUCCUGAAAAAAGACUUGGUUUACACCAAGGCCACGCCCACAUUUCACCACUGGAAGGUGGACAACAAGAAGUGCGGGCUCACAUUCACGAGCCCGGCCGACGCCCGGGCCUUCGAUAGAGGCGUGAGGAAAGCCGUAGAGGACCUGACAGAAGGAUCCACAACUUCCUCUUCGAUAAACCAGAAUGAGGUGGAAUUGGGUGACGAUGAUGUUUUUACCAACGCCACUGACAGCUCCUCAAACUCGUCUCAGAAGAGGGAGCCGCCCGCGCCACCGCCGCUGGCCUCCACCUGCGAGCCCUUCAGACAUCACUGCCUCCUGGGCCACUUCCACGACCCCUACAGGCCCGACCACUUCUACCUGGAUCAGUCUCUGCCCACGUUCCCCCGCCAUGUCAGCUUCCAGGACGUGGAAGAGGAGAUCGUGCGCAUCAACCCGCGGGAGCGGGCGUGGCUGACGGGCUACGAGGACUACCGGCACGCCACCGCCCGCGACCGGAUCACCCGGCCGGAGGACGCCGACUCCUACGUGCACUUCGCCAAGGGCGAGCCCGCCAAGCACGACUACACCUACCCCUACGCGCCCGGCGUGGACCCCGCCCGCCGCGACGCCCCGAAGGGAGGGGGCUGGGACGGCGGCGUGAUCGGCACCCAGCCCCGCCCCUCCAAGCCCAAGGGGCGGCGGCGGAAGGAGGACGGCGAGCGCUCGCGCUGCGUCUACUGCCGGGACAUGUUCAACCACGAGGAGAACGGGCGGGGCCAGUGCGAGGACGCGCCCGACCCCGUGCGGACCUGCAUCCACCGGGUCAGCUUCAUGUGGUGCGCGGACAGCCUGCUGUACCACUGCAUGUCGGACCCCGAGGGCGACUACUCGGACCCGUGCUCCUGCGACAGCAGCGAGGAGCGCUUCCUGCUCCGCUGGCUGGCGCUGCUCGGCCUGUCGCUGCUCGCCCCCUGCAUGUGCUGCUACCCCCCCCUGCAGGCGUGCUACCGCUGUGGGGCGGCGUGGGGGUGCUGCGGGGGGAAGCACAAGGCUGUGGGCUGAGGAACCGGGGGAGGGGGGGGCAGAGUGGGGGGGAGGGGGCUUUAUCCUGUUUGUGUUUUGUCUCUCUGUUUUCCAGAUGGACAAAACUAUUUGGAGCAGCUCGGUGGUUUUUACAGUGAUUUUUUUGUCUUUUGUUUUUUCCCUGCAUCCAGGUUCUCUCACCCAAACAAAUCCUGUUUUUCCAUUCAUUGCAUUACAAAUGAUUAUAUAUGUAUUACUUACAGUGGGCUCCAUAAUGUUUAGGACAAAGUAUUUUUGAUCUGGCUCUUAACGCCACAGUUUCAGUUUUCUGAUCAAACAAUGCACAUGGUUAAAGGCAGAUUCAUGUUAUAUUAAAGGGUAUUUUUAUACAUUUUGAGUUCGCUAUGUAGAAAUUAUAGCACUUUUUAAUACAUAGUCCCACCAUUUCAGGGCGCCAUAAUGUUUGGGGUUUCGGAUUAGUCAGGUGUGUUCAGUCGUUAUUAGUGUUUGUCAACAUGAGGACCAGAAUUGUACCAAUUACAGUCAACGAAACCAAGGGAGUGCAUGAAAUGGGGAGGGACUAUAUAAAAAGUGCUUUCAUUUCUACAUGGUGAAACCAAAGUGUAGGAAGAUAACCUUAAAAAAAGCUGAGUGUGAGCUUCAAUCAAAUGUGAAUUUUUGAUUACAAAUUUAAAAUGAUGGGGUACAGAGCCAAAUCAAGAAAAGAAAUGUCUCUAUCCAAAACAUUAUGGAGCUCACUGUGUGUAUAUAUAUAUAUAUACACUUUAUAUUUUUUACACUGAGUUUUAAGAACUUGAAUUGUUUUUUUAUGCUGUGUGCGGUCUAUGUGAGGAAUGGUUGUAGUUUGCCAUGGCUUGCCAGAUGAAGAUAAUUCCCUUCAGCAAGCAAAGGCCCUCAAUUAACUGGUGUGUUCUCAGCCCUUAACAAAAGAAACAAAAGCUUUGUCUGACUGGUGUGUCUGUGUGUAUAUGAAUGUAUUAUGUAAGCUGGUGUGUGUGUGUGUUUGUUCUUGUGUGUGCCUCUCCAAGGUGUGCGUGUGUGUGUGUGUGUUUGUGUCUCUGUAUAUAUAUAUGUGUGUGUGUGUGUGUGUGUAUGCAGAUUUGUGUGUACAUUUGUAAGACAGACUGUGCCUUCUUUAGAUAUAUAUGCAUGCCUGGGGCGGUAUUGUCUUUCCCUCCCCGGAAGUACGUACACAUCCAGAGAACGCGCUGGCUGGAGUGGUUUAUUCCACUUAUACCACAGCUACUCACCUUAAAUAAACAAAUAAAUAAAUAAAUAAUAUACAGCAUAAUAAAAUUAAGUUAUCAAGCUAAAAUGAGCACAUGUUGAUAUGUGUAAAUCCAUCUUCAUUGGCCAGUAUUUUGAAGAGAUGUAGCAUUAAGUUAUGGAUACACCAAUGUUCCAGGAAAGACCAAUGUUGUUAAAGCAGGACGAAAGGGAGAAAUAUUUGCAAAGUAUUUUGUAAAAUUGUUGGGGAAACUGGUAUUUAUUCUGCAGACAGAAUGAUAUCAAAAACCCGUCUGGUCUGGAUCGACAAAUAGAUAGAAAAUAGCAGUCAAGGACAAGUUUCAAAUACAUACAACAUAAGAAAACCCCUGUAUGAUCCUAUUUCAUGUCCGUACUUAACUAGUUGGCACCUGUCAGUCUAAAGGGUGAACUUGCACUGCCAAGGUAUUGUGAAACAUCGCUUUCUUUCCACAGUUCUACUUUCUCAGUCCCCGCACAAGGAUGAAAUGUACAGCUCUGUUAUCCAUGAAGGUUUAGCUUUAUUUAGAAUACCAUCCCUGCUGCAGAUUGCUUUUCAGCUGCUGAAAAGAUCUGAUAUAUGUAUGUUUGCAGUGCAUACGUGCACUGCAAUGUAAUUCCUACCAAGUUUGAUGAGUAGUGCCAUCUAGCACUUAAACUAGCACUCGCUAGGUAAAACCAAAUACGAUGUAUAUUAAGGGAGUAGGGUGUACUUCCAUGGUUAUGAUGCGUAAUGGGUUAUGUAGAGAGUGUUCAGAGCUGAGGAAAGGCCUAAAUAUAUAUUCAGACUUAUCUUGGAUUGCAAUUACAUUUUUUUAGGACUCAUAAUAGACACAACCCUACUGGAAUAAAUCAUGUGCUUUGCUUCAUAUGAUCAAUAAUACAUUUUAGUGUUAAUACAGAGCAUGCAGUACAGAAGAUACAGUGGACAUGAAUAUUCAUAAGGGGUGACUAAAAGGAUGGCAGCAUUUUGGAAUGGAAAUAUUAGUUCUUAGUGAUGAGUCCAUUUGGUGAUUAGUGCUGGUGCCAGAUGGGUUUGGAAAAAAAUACUGGACUUUCACACUGAACCAUACUUUGGAAGGUAAUGCCCAACUGGUCUUUAUAAACAUAAUAUUGUCAAACAUAAUUCCAUACUGUAAUGUCAUUUAUUUACCAUACCACAGUGCCACCUAUGGAAAAGAUGCAUCAAGGCAAUGCAGUAGACCAUGCCCCUUAUGAAUAUUCAUAAAUAUGUGAGUUUUAGGAUAGCAUUCUGGCAUCAAGACCGUUCUGUGAGAAAAAGUGCAUUCUGGAACCAUUGAAAUGCAGCCCGUAUGCUUGGGAGUUUUACAGUCAAACUUGUUUGAGAAGGGAGAUGGAUUUGCUGUGUGGUAUAUCUGAUGUACACACCGUCAUCAGCCAAUCAGAAUUUAGUAUUUUUCCAAGCCGUGGUGUAAAUGUAUGUAUAUAUGACUAUUUACACGUAUGUAUAUUAUACACACACAAGCGUCUCAUUUCCAAAGAUUACUUUGAUUUUAUUUAUUUUCUCACGCAGUAGAAACGGCAGCCAAAGGGAAAGGGGGAAGUGGAUGUACAGUAGUUUUAUAAAGUAUAAGCACAGCCAUGGAUAUGAAUUUGUGCAGUGCUUUCCGUGUUCACUGUUCUUCAGUACAGCGUUGAUGACACAAACUCUAAAAGUAUUAAACACCUUUUCAGUCAGGCAGCACGUGUCCCGUGUGCAACUGUAAGGACCAUUCAAUCGUUACGAACUAUUCUGUUAUGCAGUUAUUUUGAGAUUGACUGUAUUGUUGUGAAUAGUGUCCAUUUGGUGGUUUUAUUAUCAAGCAGCAAAUAUGCAUAUAAACAGUGCAUAUGAAAGGUGCUCAACAGAAGGCCAUUUUUUUAAAUUACUAAAGCGUUUUAAUGUUAAAUAGGCUGUGACAGUGCUACUUUAAGCCUUAUUUGUGUAUACAGAGGGAUUGUCAUUUUCAUUACGACCUUGUGAAAAUAGUGUGUGAAUUUGUCCACCAGUGAGUUUUCAAAUCUUUGUGGAGACAGUGGGCAUCCGAAUGUACAUAAACCACUGUUUCCAAUACGCAGUCCAGGCUGAAAUUGAGCUUGGUGGGAAACAAGAUUAUUUUUCUAAUAUAUUGGCAGUUAUUCAAUUAAAAAAUAUUUUUAAGAUUAAAUGAUGUAUAGAAUAUAGUAAGAUAUCACUUCAAAUUGCAUUGUACAAUCAUACUUGACAGCUGGCGUGUGUGGUCUGUCCUGAUUGGAUGCUCGGCGUGUGUGGCCUGUCCUGAUUGGAUGUCUCAGCCAAUGCUUAUACCAUCUCUGUUGUUAACAAAUGGCAGCCCUGCCUGGCUGUUCUGCUCCACCCACUUCACUGCUUCAGAAGGCUGUAGUUAUCCAGUCCUCUUUCCGUCCAUUAGGGUGUCAUUAGAGGUUUAUUUUACAUGCCGCUACAAGCAGCCACCCCCACCCCGCCCCCCAGACGCACACGUUGUUGCCUUUUACCAUUUCCUGUUCCACACUGUUGCUGCAGCUGCUGUCACAAAGCCUUGGCCUGUUGUCGAGCAGCCAGUGCAUAAGGGUGACACUGUUAAAACAUGUAGGCUACACAGACAGCUGCUUGUUCUUGUGUGUAUAUGUAUAUAUUUUUGUAUACAUGCUUGCAAUAUGAUUGAUUGAAACACAACCAGCCUCAAGUUAAAGCUACCCUGUUACCUUACGUUUAUUAAAUGAACAAUUUUUUUCCCCUCUUAGAAGCACAACACUAAUAUGAGACCUUGUGGACAUUGUGCAGGCUACUCUGAGGUGGCCCAGACCUUUUUGUCAGUAUGUGUACACGGUUAGAGUUCGGGUUAGGAUUAGUCCCAUCCUGGUGUGGGUGAGCCAGAACAAGAAGCUCUGGGGAUUGUGGCACGGUGAGGGGAGAGGGGGGGAGGGGUAGAGUGGGGUGUGGAGUUUUUGUACUGAAGGUAUCUUCUGUCAUUGUGUCUCUCUCUCUCUCUCUCAAGGUCUUGCCGCUCCCUCGGUCUGCUUUGCAAUACUGGCGUCACACGUUAUUAGAGAAGAACCCAUUUAUUUUUGUAUCUGUGGUAAAAGAGUUAACCAAAAGUGUUUCUGUCCGUUUGGGUGCACGAUCAAGUUACUGCACACAUUUAACUAUUAUAAAGGAAGUGCCUGAUGCAUUGUGUCCAUCUAUCUCCUUAUAUACUUUCAAAAAUGAUUAAAUAAGCCCUGUUGUGUUCAUUAGUUUUUUUUUUGUUUGUUUUUUUUUUUUUUUUACAAUAUGCAUUUUUACCUCUGUAAAAAGUAAAAAUAUAUAUCAUGUGUAUGAUGUACAUUUUAUUUUUAUUUUUAAUAUGUAUGAUUGAUGUAGUUCUUGCGUAGUACUUUGUAAAUACCAAUACAUCAUAUGAAAACCUAG